UUUCAGAUUCCUGUACAAUCGGCGGAUUGUGCACAUGUCGCGCACGAUUGUGUGCCUGUUGUCAGUUGUCAUUUGUCUGUUUGCUUACGCAAAUCGUUGCGCAUACGCAGCGUGUUACCGCUUACAGCUUGCCGUUAACCGUUAUGCAGCCGGAGCCACCCCAAAGAGAGAGAGAGACAGAGACAGAAGUAACGCCCGUAACUGCGUCAAUGUCAUAAAACUUUCUCACGAUGCAGUACUAUUUAAAUUUAAAAAUGUACAGUGUAAAUCAUACAAUGAGUCAUUAAUGCUAAUUCCACUUUGUCAACUUCGCGCUAUUUCCCGGGAAACGAACGUAAUGAAUUAUAGAGCGGAUUGGCUAUAUUCCGUCAAUGAUGUUUACACCGAAGUUCAAAUAUUCAAACGUGCCAAUGGAUUCAAGCCAUGGUUAUUCAAAUAUAAAUUAAAUUUUUGUGAAUAUUUACAGAAAAAGAACCAUCGGCUUUUCAGUCUUGUAUUUAAUUUAUUCAAAGAGUACACCAACUUGGCCACCCAAACCUGCCCUCUUGUGGGAAAUAUUACAGUUUUAGGAUUUAGUCUGAAGGUUGAUCGACUCAAGCUGCCUUUGCCAACGGGCGUUUAUUUAGUGACAACAGGUUGGAUUUUAAACAAAAGAUUAACAUCAAAUUUGAAUAUAACAUUUGAAUUUGUUGAGGACUCCGGUCUUGACUCUGAGAAAAGUCUUUUCGGGCAUUAAUUGCUCAAAUUGAUAUAUCUAAAUAUAUAAAUAUUUCGCCUUAUUACUAAUAUAAACUAAAUAUAUAAGUAUUAAAAAUAUUGUAUUAUCCUUAACACUUUGAUCUGAUUCAAAUAAAUUGUUAAAUUAAUUUUAUCGAAUU